AACCUAAUUAAAAUCUCACAUAGUUUCGAGUUCUUCGUGGUUUUGGCGGAAUGGCUAUGGCAAUGGCCGCCGCGGCGCCUCGCACGGUCCAGGCGCUCGAAUGCGGGGCCUCCGGCAGCGAGCUUCCUCGCAUUGCGAGAAUAUCGGCCCGGCUUCCAUCUAGAAAGGGUUUUAGGGGUUUAGCGGUCGCGGCGAGAAUGCGCAGGAAUUCGCCGCUCGUUCGAUGUGCCGCGGCGCAAUCUGCGUCGGCAUCGCCCCGGCCGGCAAUGCAGCCGCGAUUCAUCCAGCACAAGCAGGAGGCCUUCUGGUUCUACCGCUUCUUGUCGAUAAUCUACGACCACAUCAUCAAUCCGGGGCACUGGACCGAGGACAUGAGGGAUGAUGCGCUCGAGCCGGCGGAUCUGAGCGACCGGAACUUGGUGGUGGUGGAUGUUGGCGGUGGCACCGGAUUCACGACGCUGGGGAUUGUCAAGCAUGUGGACGCCAGGAAUGUUACCAUUUUGGAUCAGUCGCCACACCAGUUGGCCAAGGCCAAGGAGAAGGAGCCGCUCAAGGAGUGCAAGAUCAUCGAAGGGGACGCGGAGGAUCUUCCUUUCGAGACCGACUACGCCGAUCGAUACGUUUCUGCUGGGAGCAUAGAGUACUGGCCCGACCCUCAGCGAGGCAUCAAAGAGGCCUACCGCGUGCUCAAGAAAGGUGGAAAGGCGUGCUUGAUCGGUCCCGUCCACCCCACCUUCUGGCUCUCGCGCUUCUUCGCGGAUAUGUGGAUGCUCUUCCCCAAGGAGGAAGAGUACAUAGACUGGUUCACCAAGGCAGGCUUCCAGGACGUGCAGCUCAAGAGGAUUGGACCCAAAUGGUACCGGGGCGUGAGGAGGCACGGAUUGAUCAUGGGCUGCUCGGUAACCGGCGUGAAACCAGAAGCUGGCGACUCUCCUCUGGAUCUUGGUCCCAAGGCCGAGGACGUUCAAGCUCCCAGCAAUCCUCUAACGUUCUUCUUCCGGUUCCUCGUUGGGGGGAUUGCUUCACUCUAUUUCGUGCUGGUUCCCAUUUACAUGUGGCUCAAGGAUUUGAUCACUCCAAAGGGUCAACCUAUCUAAAUCCUCAUGUUUUUUGGUUUUUUCUGUAAGAUCUAUCACUGUAAGCGUUGCGAUAUUUUUGUGAUUGCAUUAUCCUUCUUGGAAAACAUUUCGUU